AUGAUACGAAGAAUUGGGCUGUCGGGUCCCGUUGGAGUCAUUAGUCAAGUCUCCAGACAGAUUUCCGGCCCGAAAUUUCCUAGGUUCGGGGCUUCAGUGCCUAUUAGAUUGAAUUCCACCGGAGCUAGGCAACGGGUUAGACCGAAGCUCUUAUCACCAAUUGCGAUAGCUGUCGGUUCCUCGGUGGUAGUAUCGUCGUUAUUUUUCUCUGACCUGGUGUUUAAUGAUGCUCCCAAACUGCAUAGUGGAUCUUUCAAGCGCGGAGAUCUCCUCACCAACAAACACGAACUGGUCCCGGAUGAGGAGGGAGAUACGUUUGAGUCAGGACUAUAUAUAUCGUCUCAGAAGGAAAUAGACGAGCAAGAGAGGCUGGCGAGAGAACAUGAUACUCAGAUCUCGCGCUGGAGGCUUUUCCAUCGAGUCAGAUACUUUUUCUUGGACAAACUGUGGGAUCCGUUUGUCACGGUGUGUCGGUUCAUGGAAUUGACCUUCAUCUUCCUUCCCGUGGUAUUGCUCUUUCCAAUCACUUUCUUUGGCCACAAGAAUAAUUCCAGAGGUGAUGUAAGGGCGGGUAAUAUACUCUGGUACAAAUACAUUCGUCUGGCUGCCGAACUUGGAGGUGCUAGUUUCAUCAAGCUUGGUCAGUGGGCAGCUUCCAGAACUGAUAUCUUCCCGGAUGAACUGUGCAACGAGCUCAGCUCUCUGCACUCAAAUGCAACCCCUCACUCUUUCAAACAAACGAAGCGUAUCAUCUGUGAAACUUUCAACGGAAUGGCAUUCGAGGAUAUCUUUGAAGAGUUCCAAGAGCACCCUGUAGGAUGUGGUGCAAUUGCACAGGUUUACUAUGGUAAACUCAAGCCUGAGCUUUUAAGGAACUACGACGUGACCUCUUCAUCAAAAUCCGAUGGAAGCGAAUAUAUUUCGAACGACGAACCCAAACAUAUGGAAUGGGUAGCCGUUAAGGUGGUACAUCCCAACGUGGAAAUCAAGAUAGAGCGCGAUCUUAGGAUCAUGAGAUUCUUUGCCAACCUCAUAAAUUUCAUUCCCACGAUGGAGUGGCUGUCUUUGCCCGAUGAAGUUGAACAGUUCUCCGUGCUCAUGAAAAUGCAACUGGAUCUCAGAAUCGAAGGACACAAUCUGGUGAGAUUCCACGAAAAGUUCAAGGACAGGCACGAUAUCAAAUUUCCCAAACCAUAUUUGAAAUUCAGCGGACGUGAGGUUCUUGUAGAAGAGCGAAUCGUGGGACUUUCAAUGGGUGAUAUGCUCGAACUGAAAUCCAAUUUUGGAAAGGGGCUAUCAAAGGAACUGAGCGACAAACUGCUGGAUGCAUUCUUGCAGAUGCUCAUUCUGGACAACUUUGUCCAUGCCGAUUUGCACCCCGGAAACAUGUUUAUACGAUUCUAUAAGGGUGACUCUAGACAUUUCCCUGGAGAACCGCAUACCAUGCCCAGACUGUCUUCUGAGUCGGAGAUGGACCAACUGGCAUUGAGCCUUCAUGAACUGAGCAGAACCGAACCAUCAAAACUCCAAAAGGAAAUGGAGAGACUCUAUGACGAAGGAUAUCAUGUAGAGGUGUGUUUCAUAGAUGCUGGGUUGGUGACUGAGCUGAAUGAAACCGACAGAGUCAACUUUAUCGGGCUGUUCAACGCAUUGUCUGAGUUUGAUGGAUACAGAGCUGGUGAGUUGAUGAUAGAAAGAUCCAGAACACCUGAAACUGCCAUAGAUAAAGAAGUCUUUGCUCUGAAGGUGGAAAGGCUGGUUGAUAGAAUCAAACAGAGGACCUUCACCCUGGGAAGCGUCUCCAUUGGUGACUUGCUGGACCAGGUAUUGGGAAUGGUGAGGCAGCACCAUGUGAGAAUGGAGGGCGACUUUGUGACUGUGGUAGUGGCAAUUUUGCUGCUGGAAGGAAUUGGAAGACAGUUGGAUCCAAAUCUAGAUCUGUUCGCUAGUGCGCUCCCAGUUUUGAGACAGCUCGGUCUUCAAGACGGAAGAAUGAUCUUGAAGAACGGCGACAAAAUUUCGAUGCUGAAGGUGUGGCUUGCCUUGGAAGUGAGACAGUUUAUUCAUGCUUCGAUACAAGAUGUUCAUAAACUUGUGAAAUCAGAUGGGUUAAGUCCAAACUACUGA